AUGAAACAUGAGGGGAGAGAAACAAAGUCAACUUUAAAACACGAUGAUGAUCGCACCAGUCUGCCUCAUGAUCAGUCAGUCUUCUUUUUUUAUGAAACCGUGACUCUGAGCUGUGCAGUGCCAGGCAGCUUCAGCAGCUGGACAGUGAAGAGAAACACCUCCACAAAGUCUUCUGUUUCAUGUGAGACCUGGGGCCAAUUCAAUGGGUCAUCCUGCACCAUCAAAGGUGUGUACCCAUCAGACAGUGGAGUGUACUGGUGUGAGUCUGACAGCGGGGAGUGCAGCAACACCAUCAACAUCAGAGUGGCAACUGGUGUGAUCCUGCAGGGUCCUGCUGUUCCUCUGACUGAGGGAGACAGUGUGACGCUAAACUGCUCCUAUAAGGAAAAAUAUGCAAAGGAGUCUACGUCCAGUUUCAGUGCUGCUUUCUACAGAAAUGGUACUUUUAUUGAAAAAAUGCCUGAAGGAAGGUUGAGGCUUAUCCAUGUGUCCAAGGAGAACGAAGGCAUCUACAAGUGUGAACAUCCCGAAAAAGGACAGUCACCGGAGAUCUGGCUGGAAGUGAGAGAGAAUAAUAUCCCCGUGACAACCCCAUAUCCUGAUCCUGAUCCUACUCCUCCGAUCGCUCUGCCCAAACUUUUGAGCACCAUCCUGCUGUUCAUCCUCUACACUUGUAUAUUUAUUCUGGCUGUGUACACCUACCGGAAGUGGGCUCAAGCUCGAGCUGAGGCUAAAAGGAAAUGGCGUGAUCAUCUGUAACUCGAGUGCGUGAAGAAGAUGAUCAACAAUCAACAUAUCACUGGGAUUAAAGCAAUAGUCUUACACUGAUAUUUUCAAACUUAAUAACCUCUCAGCAGCAAUGAUGUUAGAUUUUAUAUUAAUCUAAAAUUAGAUAAACUGAACAGAAAACUGUCUCAUUUUUGCAUUUGAUGAGUUUUAUGUUUAAAGGACAAAUUGAAUGUCACGAUGUUAUGAAGGAGCACUCUGAGAGUGCAAACCUUCACCAGUGCAGCUCACUCUCCAGGCAGUAUUUGUUUUAUAUAGGAUUGUAUAUACAAACUAGUAUAUUGUUUUUUAUAAACCUGCUGUAAGAGAUUUGUCAAAUACUUUUUUAAUUUAUAAUAUGU